AUGAAGCUUUCCCUGAUCGUCAUCGCAGCAACAUUCUUUGUGCUGCUCAACUCAUAUUCAACGAGUUCGCUAUCGAUCGCAAACGACUCUCCCGAUCGCUGGGCUCAAAUUGACCUUGAAGCGCCUCUUACCAACACAUCUCACGUCGGCGUUCUGGAGAAGCGAAGACAUAUCGGCGUCUGCGAACUAGUCUCAGUCGCAGCCUCUUGCGUGGUCCUCAUCAAUUGGGGCUAUAGCCUGGUCUCUGGCUCGUUUAACUACAUCAGCAACUUCAUCUACGAAACCGUUCACGCCGACUUUGCAUGCGAACCUCAUGUCGGCGCUUACAAGGAGCUCAAGUUCAAGUUCCAAGCCUAUGGAGGAGACUGCCACACCUCUGCCCAGAGAAAAACUAUCAUGAGCGGCAUUGAGAGUCACUUCAAGGCGAAUGGUGGGAAGAUCUGUGGCACCGAGUGCUUGAGACUCGAUCAUAGGAGAUGGAAUGGAUAUCUUCUGCUGGGGUUGGAAAAGACGUUUGAUAAGAACCGCUUGAGAUGGGAGUGGUAG